AUGCAGAAGCAAACACAGUCUAUCACUCACAUACAGGAAUUUCUUCACUACCUGCAGAACCAGAUCAUCCCUGUAGAUCUGGUGGACGUGUUUCAACAAGCAGGCGUCCCGUUCUUUGAAGGCUGCCUUAUGGUCGAAGUCCACGAUCAUCGCGAGCCGCCAGUAGAUACAAGCCACAACGCAAACGCAUACGGGCCGGAUGGGCGUCGUUUGCGCCCUAAUAAUACAUCCUUAUUUUAUCUCAGAGAGGGUGGCCGCUACGGCUUUCAUCCCCACCGCCUUGGUGGCGGUCGUUCGAACCUUUGGAAGGACGAGGCAUAUCCUAGUCCAGACGGAGUAGAGGUCUAUCGAAUGAUACUUCGGUCGUCUGACGAAUCACUCUGGAAUGACUUGCGCAUGAUGGAUGUGAAGACUGGGGGCAUCUGGAACGACGACGACGCCAUGCGAAUAGAAUCUCAGAUUCUUCACCUGACUGCUCCGCCGCUUUGUCUUGAUCCUGAUCCCCAUGUCACACGAAUUGCAAACGUUAUGCUCAGCAGUACGAUGCCAUCAUCUUCUUACACGAGUGGCAUACCUUUCCAACAAUAUAAAAUUGAUGCUUCAACAGGCUAUAAACUUAACAGCAUUGAAGUCGAACAAGCUGAAAGCAAGGGUGCUCGCCGCUUACAUAUCAUGAACAUGAUGAAAAAUGGCUGGAGAACUGGCUCAGAUAGUCAACAGGAUCUAUCUUCGGAGCCUUACACAUUUGUUCCCAGCUUGUCGCGGCUUGAAUUUAUUAAAAAAUUGCGCCAAAAUCGUGCAAAUGUGACCAAACAAGGUGCAACUGACGUCGUUCCAGCAUCGCAAACGCCCGCAGCUGAUGCCAUUCAAGCUGUUGAUGCCAAAGGGGCGGCAAAUCAAGCUUCUCGAAGAAAGCGUGCGAAAGGCAGCGAUGAUACAGGUUCACCUGAUUCGAAGGACGAUCUUUCUUCUGCCGCAAUAAUUGUUGAUUCCCAACGAUCAAAGCACAAACGGCGCCGGAAAGAGUCGACACCCCAGGAUUCGAAGAGCGAAGCCGCUAGUGAAACAAUUGCAUCCCCGCCGAAGCAACAUGGGAACCGGACUAGUACGAAAUCGCAAAUGCCGGCUAUAAUGUCUGAGCCUGUCCAAAUCGACCAUGCACCUGUAAACUCUGGGGCUACGAAUCCUAGUCCCUGGCACAAGAUUCAAGCAGACAAACCGAGUCAGCUUGUCUUACCAGGAAAUGGCGCUGCAGUUAAAGCGAACAAGAGUCUGAAUUCUCCCAUUCUUCCUACUGGUCGAGAUACGCCCUCGUUCUCUACAGCAUUGUACAAUUCAUGGAACAAAUCCAAUUAG